UCACGUGUGCAAAAGUAAUUAUGCUAAUCUCUCCGUGUGCGGUUUAGCUCGUUUAGAAACCGAUCGAACGCUCAACGGAACAGUUUAACAACUAUGGACAACUUUUACUGAUCUUUCUCUCACGUGUUCAGAAAUAUGGAGACUUUUGUUGUAUUUUUUGUUCUGUUGCUCGUGGAUGACGUGUUUAGUUUUGUGGUUGAAAUACAGUCAGUGUCAGCGAUGGAGGGAGAUUCUGUCACUUUAUAUACUGAUGUUACUGAGAUACAGAAGGCUGAUCUGAUACUGUGGACGUUUGGAUCGGACAGCACUCGAAUAGCUCAAAUAAACCGAAUUUCCAAUAAGAUCUCAUUAUAUGAGGAUGUUCUUGACGGGAGAUUCAGAGACAGACUGAAGCUGGACGAUCAAACUGGAUCUCUGACCAUCACAAACAUCUCAACUGAACACACUGGAGUUUAUGGAUUUCUACAGAUCUUUGAUGGAAAUGAAGUCACACCCAAAAAAUUCAGCAUUGCUGUUUCCGCAUUUCUUCCUGUUCCUGUCAUCAGCAGAAACUGUUCUUCUUCAUCAUCUUCAUUUUGUUCAUUGGUGUGUUCAGUGGUGAAUGUGGGUCAUGUGACUCUCUCCUGGUACAAAGGAAACAGUUUAUUGUCCAGCAUCAGUGUGUCUGAUCUCAGCAUCAGUCUCUCUCUACCUCUGGAGGUGGAAUAUCAGGAUAAAAACAGCUACAGCUGUGUGCUCAACAAUCCCAUCAGCAACCAGACUCAACAUCUGGACAUCACUCAGCUCUGUCACACAUGUCCAGCACCAGGUUUGUCCAGAGCUCAUGUGGCACUGGUUUGUGCUGGUGCUUUGGCUGUGGUUGCAGUUUUGUGUGGGAUUUAUUAUUACUGUCAGCACAAGACGCCUACACAAGAAGUCGAAGACAAACCUAAUGCAGAACUUAUCAAGCUAAAUAAAGCAAAUGGAGAAAUGUCUAUUGAUUCAAAAAACGGUGUGUUUCUGAAAGAAGAUGACGUCACCUUGGUGCAAAUGAGUGAAGACCACUCAGUCAAACUAAACACUCAUCUGACUCAAACACAGGAAACUGACAUAAUAUGGUGGAAGUUUGUUGAUUCCAAAGAUGCCAAUAGUGCUAAAUUUGUUAUCAUAGCUAGACUGAAUAAAACCAACAACGAGGAAUACCUAUGUAAUGAAGAAAUGUUCAAAGACAAGUUGAAACUGGACUACAAUACCGGAUCUCUGACCAUCUCAAGCAUCACCCCUGAACAUUACGGAUAUUAUAAUCUACAGAUCAUCAGAAAAGGAGCGAUGGUCGUUCGUACGUUCAAUUUUGUUGCUCAUGAUCUAAUGAGAAGAGAACGGACACUAAGCUCUUUUCAGAGGAGACAAACCUGCCCUUGAUUACAACCGAUGACCUUCCCGUGUAUGAAGACUGAAAUCGCAUCCACAUGCAGUUCAACUGCCAAAAUCAAUAAACACCCCCUACAUCCCUAAACACAAAACACUCUAAUGAUAGGCGAGAGAUAUAGAGAUAUAUAUAUAGAUAUACAGAGAUUUAUAUAUAUAGAUAGAUAGAUAGAUAGAUAGAUAGAUAGAUAGAUAGAUAGAUAGAUAUCU